CAAAGUACAGGAGUGAGUACGUGCUUGGGUGUUCGUGUUCGGUUAUCGCUUUCUACGUUCGCGCAUACCGCGUUCGUUGUGAAUAUCUGGGAAUGCAUAUCAGCUGCACGUCCAAGUCGAUGCGUAUAAGCGAGGGGUGCCCUUGCAUUUGCCUUUGCUGUUGCGGGAUGAUGAUGAUGAUGAUGAUGAUGAUGAUGAUGGCGAUGGUGGUGGUGGUGGUGGUGGUGGUGGUGGCGACUGCGGCAUCGGCGAUGGAAACGGUGAGUGCCAAGGUGGAGGGGGACUCAUCUCCACGGGGCCCGCCUGGCUCGGUAUAUAAACGGGGCCUCGCGAGCUCAGCCCUCAUUCACCGAGUAUUUCAUCACGCGCAGGUGGAAGGAAACGAGAAGAAGAAGAAGAAGAAGAAGAAGAAGGAGAAGAAGAAAAUAACGCGAAAGGAACACUCUACCGUGACGAGAGAGACACUUGAAGUACCAGUGGCAGAAGUAAAGAACACAUAUCAAAGUAAGUAGUCAAGAGAGCCACCAUCACCUUAUAUCAUGGUUUUCCAAUCAUUCACAACUCCACACUCUGUUCAUAUAAUUUCGUCUUAUUCCAAUGCACUGCACUUGUAACGUCAUAUAUAUAAUACAUGUAACAGUAUUAUAAGCAUCGCUUAAAAACCCACCGCUUAUAUCGUUACUGCUCGAUUAAUGGUCUUGAUGAGGUAAUGGUCCAGUUUCCUUCCUGGCUCAGUGUGGCCGCAUAUGCAAAUGAUGGGGUUCUUAUCGUCGCGACGGAAUCUAGCGUUUCUCCGCGUAGCAAGAUGAUUUCUUCGUGUUAAUUUUACAUGCAAGAAGAAGAAAAAAAAAAAAAAAAAAAAAGAGUGAUGAGCUGGAAAUAGCUUUUUGGCAAUGGAGUUUGAAAGUCUCGAGCGGUGAAGGAAAAGACAGUUACUACAACGUAACGCGGCAUUAUCGUGAUAGGUUACAGCUAAAAAUAACUCAUAUUUUUUUUCUUCAAAUCUUUCGAUGUUUACCACGAACCGCAGUAUAACUCUACGCACACAUUGAGCAUCAAUUUUGCACUGCAGCUAGACCAAAAAAUAGAAUCAGUAUAGAACCGAAUACAAUCACCUAUCUAUGUUUCACCCUCGUCUCCCUUUCAUUCGAGACCUUAUCUACCUUAAGUAUGAUUAGAAGUAGCAAUAGAAGAGAAAAAAAUUACUCUUGGAUUUAUUACCACUUCGAUAAAACGAGAGACUGAUUAAGUACAGUUUUUGAAGAAACUAGUUUUUUUUUUUGUUAACGUUACCGCUGGAAUCCUCCUAUUUUUUACUAAUCACAACCAUAUACAUAGACACAUAUCUAAUUUGCCGCGUAGAAAAAUUGUAGUUACAAAAAAUUGCGGUAACGUCAACAAGAAAAGCGUUCCAUUCCGCAAAAGAAAAAAAAAAAAAAUAGUAAAUGCAACCAGUCAUAUUUUUUAUUCCCUAUAUCAACUCAACUACUCCGGAAAGGAUCUGCGCGUCAGAAAUUACGACGUUCGUUCAAAGUGAGAAAAAAAAAGAAACGAUCUUGAAUCCUAAUUAGCAUAGGAUUGCGUGCAAACCAUAUAAUACACAUAAUAUACGCAGUGCAUAGUAAAUGAGGUAAAAAAAAAAAUCCCACUGCAAGCAACAACAAGUACCUAUAUAAUAACAAGAAACAACACCAACAUACUGUAUUAACCCAAGGUCAAACAAAGUACGAGCAUUACAGUUCGACGAUGUCGCAUUACUUCAACGAUAUACGUAUCAAGAAUUUCACAAUUCCCCAGGAUUUCCAGCCGACCGGAUAUCCCGGUAUCGCUAGCAAAUUUACGGAUCAUUGGUCAUUCGCGUUUUACGGA